UUCUGCCAUUACGUGCCCUGCGUCCGUCGCGAGACCAGCGCAUAUACAUAAAUCUCGCAGUGAUGGCUGCGCCUCCCGAUACCGAGAGUUUGGAGUCUCGUAUCAACAGAGCCACCAACCCGCUGAACAGAGACACCGACUGGAGUAGCAUACAUGCCUUCUGUGACCAGCUCAACAAUGAUUUGGAGGGACCUCAGCUGGCCACCAGGCUCCUGGCCCACAAGAUCCAGUCCCCACAGGAGUGGGAGGCCAUGCAGGCCCUGCUGGUUCUGGAGACGUGUAUGAAAAACUGUGGGAAAAGGUUUCACAGUGAAGUGGGAAAGUUCCGUUUUCUCAAUGAACUCAUCAAAGUAGUUUCUCCAAAGUACCUGGGCUCCCGGUCACCAGAGCCAGUAAAAAAGAAGGUUUUGGAGUUGAUCUUUAGCUGGACUUUGGGGUUACCCGAGGAGGCCAAGAUCUCAGAUGCCUAUCAGAUGCUGAGGAAACAAGGUAUCAUUAAACAAGACCCAGAGCUGGCACCUGACAAACUACUGAACCUCCCUCCACCCAGACCCAAGAAUGCGAUUUUUGAGGACGAGGAGAAGUCAAAAAUGUUGUCUCGCCUGCUGAAUAGCUCGCACCCUGAUGACCUAAAAGCUGCCAACAAACUCAUCAAGGAAAUGGUCCAAGAGGAUCAGAAGCGAGCAGAGAAAGUGUCAAAGCGGGUGAACACCAUACAGGAGGUGAAGGAGAGCGUCGCUCUGCUCUCGCAGCUUCUGCAGGACUACGACAGCACCGCCGACAAUCAGAGCAACGCCGAACUCUUACAGGACCUGUACCAGCGCUGUGAGAAAAUGAGACCAACACUGUUCCGACUGGCAAGUGAUACGGAGGACAACGACGAGGCUCUGGCGGAGAUCCUGCAGGCCAACGACAGCCUGACUCACAUCAUCAACCAGUACAAGCAGCAGGUGAAGGGAGAAAUAGUAAACGGCAACAACACAUUCAACGCACAGAAACAAACAGGUGGAGGGACAGCACUGCUAGAUCUGUCAGGAUUGGACACAUCGCCACAGUCGCCUCCGUCCUUCCCAGAGUUCCCCACUCCAACAGACAGCCUCAACGCCCCUUCGCAGGAGAUGAGGAUCAGUCUCCUCGAUGACGAGCUCAUGUCACUCGGUUUAAGUGAAGGAACACACGCCUCCAACCCUCACUCCCAGCCUGAGGACUCCACAGCCUGGGACUCCUUCCAGUCCUCUGACAGCAGAGAGACAGACAUCCCAGCAGCACCCAGUCUCCUCCUGAGUCCAGACCCGCCCUCCUACUCUCAGCCUCUCUCGUCUGCCUCCACCCCUGGGAACUCGGCUCUGGAUGAGCUGGAACUGCUAGGGAAGACACUGAUGCAGCAGUCCCUGCCUCCAGAGGGCCUGCAGGUCAAAUGGGACAAGCAGCAGUGCAAACCAACUCUGAGAGAUCUCCAGAGCAAGUCUGGCCACAACAUUACCCCGAACCCCAUCCCAACCUUCGCCGCUGAACCUCCGCCACUUCUCCUCAACUCCCAGCCCAGUCCCACUCACAGUGAGACUCCUUCUGCAGAAGUCACGCUGACUGAUGUUUUUGUACCGCUAGAAUCCAUUAAGCCCAGUAGUCUGUUACCUGUGACUGUGUUUGACGGACACAGUCUGCGGGUUCUCUUUCACUUUGCCCGCGACUCGCCUCCGUCUCGUCCUGACGUGCUGGUGGUGAUCAUCUCCAUGUUGUCAUCUGCUCCUGUCCCCGUCACAAACAUAAACUUCCACACCACGGCUCCAAAGUCUAUGGCAGUGAAGCUGCAGACUCCAUCAGGAACAGAGCUCCCAGCUUUCAACCCCAUCCUUCAACCUGCUGCUGUCACACAGAUCCUGCUGCUGGCCAACCCAAACAAGGAGAAAGUGCAGCUGCAGUACAGACUAACCUUCACCAUGGGAGAGCUGGAGCACAGUGAGAGUGGCAGUCUAGAACAGUUUCCUCCUCCAGAGACGUGGGGUGACCUAUAGCAUUUAAACACAACCACAACCUGACAGACUCUCGCUUUCAGGCUCAGCUUCCUUCCUAAACCAACUCAACGAGCUGCAUACGCCCGAUUUCCUUUUUAAACACAUUGUACUUUCUUUAAUAGGUAUUGAUUAUUUCCCUUGGAUCACGCUCAGUGUAACGUGCGUAUGCUUUGUUCUAAAUGAAUCAAGGUCUUGUCUGCUGUAUGUGGCUGCUUUUAAGACAGACCUUCAACAUGCUUUCCCAAAGUUGUUGCAGUCUUUUCAUAUUUUCUUUUCAUUUUGACAGUGCUGAGGGAAAAAAAACUAUAUCAAAAGUGUGCAUAUUUUGCUCUCCUGGCGUGAGUUUGAAUCAAUUAUCAGUUGCAUUUACCCUCACCUCUGCAUGCUCUUUUGACAUGGGACAGACUGCUUGCGAAAUCCGGCACACCA